GAAUGCACAUAGCUAAUCGCCUGACACCAUAAGAAGAGCACCUUUGACCCUGCUGAAUCUGCUCGCUUAACUGAAGGUUAAGCUUUCUUUCGCUUGCCAAAUUAUCUAAAAGAGUUCUAUACAUCAACAUCAAUAUAUGCCUUCAUUCGGCCUAAGAUAGCUCUUUUGUACAAGAAAUCUUUACUUUUUACGCCCAACCUAUACCCGGACGAUCACGGAUUUGGAGUAAUAAACAGCAGCUGAGUCCUGUCGCAUCACCAUUUACAACGGCAGUCGCCUCGUGCCCGUCGCCUACCACCCAGGGCAGCUAAUCAUCAACCCAUCCACCAUCCUGAGCCUCAAUCAUGAGCAAGCUGCUGGGGCCUAAGCGCGCCGCCGGCGUUGACAACACCGCGCGCCGCACAUGGGACAAAGAGGAAUUCCGUCAAAAGGCAGAGGAAAAGGAAAAGGCCGCCAAGGCCAAGGCAGGUGAUGAUGAGGACCGCGAGGAGACGCCAGCCGAGAUCCGCCGCCGCAAGCGCCUGGAGCGCGACCCACUUCACCAGGGCCUUAUCGUUGAGCGCUCCACCCUGCGCCAGCGCGACUACCAAGUCGACCUAACAUCCCGCCUGGGGAAGACCCAAGUCGUGGGCUUCAACACGCCGCUCAACCAGCAAGCCGGCUGGUUCUGCAACGUGUGCAACUGCGUGCUGCGCGACUCACAGAGCUACCUGGACCACAUCAACGGCAAGUGGCACAACCGCGCGCUGGGCAUGAGCAUGAAGGUCGAGAAGUCCACUCUGGAGCAGGUCAAGAACAAGUUUGAGGAGCUGAAGAACCGCAAGAGCCCGCCGCCGGAUGAGUACGUGCCUGAUGGGUUCGACGCGGCGGCCAGCGCGGAGGCUCGGGAGCGGGAGGAGAAGCGGGAGAAGCGGCGACGCAAGGCGGCGGAGGCGGCAACAGCGGGCGGGGCGGGAGGGUCAGGGGCGGCGGGUGGAGAGGCAGGUGGGGAGGAUGCGGAUGCGGAUAUGAUGGCGCUUAUGGGGUUUGGAGGAUUCGGGACGAGCAAGAAAUGAGGGCGUAGGGUACCAGGGUAAGGUACGAGGCUCGGGUCGUUGUGGUUGUGGGGUUAGGGGUAUGUGAUGUGGACGUGGACGUUGGGGUGUACACUGUAAAGGGACUGCAUGUGCAGCGGCGUAGGAGGGAGUCUGGUAGGGCGUCUGCUUGUUUGUUCAUCCAGAUGGCGAUGGGAUAACUGUUGUACAAAAGACACCACCGAUAUGUGGGACACGACUUGUACUGUGGUCGUGCAGUUUUAUCUCUUUCGCUGUGCGGAGGCGCUAGUGAUGAUGAUCUACGUGUGCUGCAGCAGCUGGCGCUAGGGCGCUCCCGCUGUGCACUGUUCUAGCCAUGGCAGUAUGCCGACUGGUGGUCAGGCCUGCAAUGGUUGUACGGGUAUGGAAAGGCCGCAGGCAAGCCGUGCGUGUCCGCGCCAUCCGUCUAGUCAGGUGACAAGGUAUGGCUGUUGCGCUGGGGCGGUUAAGAAAAUUGUAACAGUUGCGGCGCUGCGAGAAUGUGGGCUAUCAUGAGGCGGGCAAGGAGUCAGGCCGGGAGGUUCGUAUGUAAUGUGGGUAGUCGGGAC